AUGGUGAAGCAGAUCGAAGGCAAGGAAGAUUUUCAGGCAGCCUUGAACAGUGCUGGAGAUAAACUCGUAGUAGUUGACUUCUCAGCCACAUGGUGCGGGCCUUGCAAAAUGAUCAAGCCUUUCUAUCAUUCCCUCUCUGAAAAGUAUGGCAAUGUGGUGUUCCUCGAAGUUGAUGUGGAUGACUGUCAGGAUGUUGCUUCUGAGUGUGAAGUCAAAUGCAUGCCAACGUUUCAGUUUUAUAAAAAGGGACAAAAGGUGGGUGAAUUUUCUGGUGCUAAUAAGGAAAAACUUGAAGCCACCAUUAAUGAAUUAAGCUAAUCGUGUUUUAUGUAAACAUAAACAGCCAUCAGCUGUUAAAAAGUUAACUUUUUUUAUUUACAAAAAAGAAAGAUCAAGUAUGAAGACUAUAUACCCAACUGCCAUCUGAUUGUAAAUGACAAUAAAAUAUUAAUUCU